AUGGUGUCGACCGAGUCGCUCCAGUUCUUUCUUGGCAUCCGACGGGAGAGCUGGAGAUUCAAGACGAACGUGGCAUUCAUCGGCCAAGUCGGCAUCGACACCGGCCGCGCCGAGACGAGCCACGUCCUCGCUCUCGGUCGGUUCCUUGCCCGCGCCAUCAAUCAAGUCCUGCCAUUCUCGCUGACGGUACCGAUGAUGACCGGAGCCCCGCUCUCCAUCCACGACGUGGCUGACGAGACGACAGACGUUCGUGUGGACGUGCGCGACUCGGAGAAUGUGGAAGCUCUCGAUUUGGACUUGACGUCGACGCUAAACGACGGUCGGAGCGUCGGGUUGAUAGACGGCGGGAGCGAGAGACCGGGCGCGAGCCAAGCUGAGUGCGUGGCGUGCUUGGUGUUGUACUGGCUGCUGCUGCUGCCAGUGGCGCAGGCACCGCUCGAGCAGGUCGUGCGGGGGUUCUCCGACGUGCUGCGUUCGGAGGUGAUGCGCCGAAUCGACUACAAGGAGGUCGAGCUGACGCUGUGCGGGACGAACGACAUCCACGCGGCGGUCGAGUGGCAGAUUGAAACGAUGUCAACAUCCAACUCGGCGGCGAGUCUGGCACUCGGGUGGUUCCGGGAUUUGGUCGAGCGGGACAUGUAG